AUAUAUAUACAACAAGAUUUCAUUUGUGACAUGAUCGACCUGCCAGUGCUGGUGUAUGCUUUCCAUCUACAACACAACACAAACUUGGGUUAUCCUUUUCAUUUUUCAUGGAGUACUAUAAGAAAAAUCAUCGAUUAAUCAGGGAACUCGUUAUAGCAGCGAUUCUAAUUGCGAGCGUAACAUACAUAUUUUUCUGCGCACCAGAAAAUAUCACAACAAAAUUCUCAUCGUUUCAGUUACACCAUUUAUCAAAUAAGACUGCACUUACAUCACCCAGAGAUGACCUCGAAAUUGCAUUGAAAGAAGCUUCAAUGGGAAGAAAUAAGACAGUGAUCAUAGCGUUAGUAAAUAAGGCAUAUGUGGAAGGAGAAAUAUCGAUGUUGAGUUUGUUUCUCGAGAGUUUUUGGCUUGGGGGAGAAAAUACUCGAUAUUUGGUUAAUCAUCUUCUUCUUGUUACUGUCGAUCAAACCGCAUACGAAAGAUGUAAAUUCUUACGGCUUCACUGUUAUAGACUUGUCACUGACGGGGUUGAUUUUGGUGGUGAAAAGUUAUACAUGUCCAGUGAUUUCAUCAAGAUGAUGUGGAGAAGAACACUUUUCCUCGGUGAUGUUCUUAAGCGCGGCUACAGCUUCGUUUUCACGGAUACCGACGUAAUGUGGUUAAACAACCCGUUUUUGAGAUUAAGUCCAGAUGAAAAUGAAGAUAUCCAAAUAAGUUCAGAUCAAUUCUAUGGCGAUCCUUGGUCUGAACAGAACCUAAUGAACACGGGCUUUUACUACGCUCGAUCGAAUAAUAAAACGAUUGCAUUGUUCGAUAAGUGGUACCAAAUGAAAGCCAAUUCAACUUAUACAAAUAUGAAAGAACAAGAUGUACUUGUAAGUUUGAUGAGAAAUGGGUUAUUUGGAGAACUAGGGAUGAAAGUAAGGUUCUUAGAAACCAUAUAUUUUAGUGGGUUUUGUGAAGAUAGUAGAGAUAUGAAUGUUGUCUGUACAGUUCAUGCAAACUGUUGUCGUAGCAUCCGUGCCAAAGUUUUUGAUUUAACUGUUGUGCUUCAAGAUUGGAGGAAGUUUAAGAGGGCUACUGCCAAGAAUAAGACGUCGUCGACUGUUGGAUAUUGGUCGGGACAUUUGGGUUGCUAUAAUUCAUGGGCGACUAAAAAUUCAACUAAGCAGAUAAAUACAACAGAAGAAUAAAACCAUCGUAGUGUAAACCAAGUAUUUGUAGAGAGGUAUG